AUGUCUUGGAGACCUUGUGUCUGUUCUGCUUGUAAUACACAUAUUGGAUGGUAUUUUCAGUCUCCAGAAAAGGAUUUUGUUGGUCUUGUAAUUGACAAUUUAAUUAGUGAAGAUUGUUUGUUUUUUUAUUUAAAUUUUUUGUUGUCUUUUGAUGGGGAAUUUUGUGGUUUUUUAAAUCCAGCUUCCAUUUGCUCAUUCACAUUGUAUACGUCCCAACCUAUUCUUGGCAAUUAG